AUUGGAACUGUGUGGGGUGUCGUAAACAGUAAUUGGAGCCCGUUAUCGGGUUAAAUACAUGGAUUUCCAUGAGAAUCCACCGAUCAAACACGUUUCAGUUAGUCAAUUGCUUUCAUUUAUUCUACCUUUGAACGGAAUUGCAUUCUUAUCGCCUUGGACUCUCCGAACUGAUAAGAUUCCCGUAAAUGCGGAAUCAAAGUCAAUGUCUACUCGGAGCCAUCAGCUACCGGUGGAAUGUUGUCUCGGUCAAGUGCUCACGGUAGCAAAAAAAUAGCACUUAAAGUGACCGACAAAAGUGCUGAUAAUUGCUUAAUAUCAUAAAGAUAUUGAUCUUGGCUGGAGCCCAUGGACGUGCGCAUCGACAUGCCGUGGGGCUACGUGGUGGGCAGGUGGUACGGCAACCGGCAGGUACGACCCAUCCUGGCGCUGCACGGCUGGCUGGACAACCUGGGCACGUGGGACAAGCUGCUGCCCCUGCUGCCCAAGCACCUGGGAGUGCUGUGCAUCGACCUGCCCGGCCACGGGUUCUCCUCGAAGCUGCCCGAGGGGAUUGCCUAUCACUUCGUGGACUACCUGUGCGUGAUCCUGCGCGUGAUGGAGGAGUACGGCUGGCAGAAGGUGUCACUGAUGGCCCACUCGAUGAGCGCCAUGCUGUGCUUUAUCUUCGCCUCCCUGUAUCCUCACCGCACCGACCUGCUGGUCAGCAUAGACAUAGUGAAGACCCGCUAUAGGAAGCCCGCCUCGCAGAUCGACUACCUGCGCACCAACAUCGAGGGCUAUAUGGUGGAGGACGAGCGGUUCGCCAAUGCCAAGAGGCAGGAGCCACCGGCCUACACCUACCCGGAGCUGGAGCAGGUCCUGCACAAGGGCUCCGAUUACUCGGUGGAGCUGGAGAACUGCCGCCACAUCCUGGAGCGCAACAUCAGUCGAUCCACCAAGUUCCCGGCCAAGUACUUCUUCUCUCGCGAUGGCCGCUGCAAAUACUACACCGAGUUCCAUACGAGUCCGCCCUUUGCCGCCGAGCUGGCCAGGACCAUCAAGAAUGUGCCGUACUGCGUGAUCAAGGGCUCCGAGUCCAACUUCAUAGAUGAGCAGAGCGACGAGGUCAUUGGCAUACUCAGGGAGAACAACCCGCACUUCGAACUGCACGAGGUGCAGGGCACCCAUCACGUGCACCUCAACAACGCCGCCGGAGUGGCGGCCAUCAUCAAUCCCUUCAUCCUGUGCCACAGGCCGCCGCCUCUGGAGAAAUGGACCGUCGACCAGGCGGACGGGGACGGGGAUCUGCCCGAGGUGGUCAAGGAGUUCAAGCUGGCCGUGGAGGACUCAGAGAAUGUCAAGCGGAGGAAGAGAAAAAGUAACCUCUAGCUGCUGCCAGCAUCUCUGAGUCAGCAGCGCGAUGAGAACUUUCAGAUACUGAUUUCAUUAGCCCAUGUGAUGCUUAAAUAGUUAGACAACUACACGAUUUUAUAGGGGUUUAAACCAGCUGUUGUUUGUAUCAAAUACUUUUUGUUGCUUGAUAAAAUAUUUCUUAUAAAUUAAUUGAGUGAGUUGUAGGAUACCUUCUUUGAAAUGUUUAUAAAUCUCAUUAUAAAGAUAGUGUUUCCACGUUGA